UUAGUUCCGUCAGGCUGUUCACCAUGCUGUGCCGAGCUGCUCUACUCCCUUCCCUGCGAUCCCCAGGUCGAUUCUGGCGGCAGUCUGAUGUAGCUGGUUGCCAUCCUUGUUUACUGGCUCCUAACCUGGUGUUAACGAAUAAGUCUGCCCGAGGCUGGAGUAACAUCCCAUUUAUUACCGUCCCUCUCAGUCGAACCCACGGCAAGUCAUUUGCUCACCGCAGUGAGCUGAAGCACGCCAAGAGGAUUGUAGUGAAGCUAGGGAGUGCUGUGGUGACGCGAGGUGAUGAAUGUGGCUUGGCCUUGGGGCGACUGGCAUCCAUUGUUGAACAGGUAUCAAUGCUGCAAAAUCAGGGCCGGGAGAUGAUGAUCGUCACCAGUGGGGCAGUGGCCUUCGGAAAGCAACGGCUUCGCCAUGAGAUCUUGCUUUCUCAGAGCGUGAGGCAGGCACUCCACUCUGGCCAGAACCAGCUCAAGGACAUGGCUGUUCCCAUGCUGGAGGCUCGAGCCUGUGCUGCUGCCGGUCAGAGUGGGCUGAUGGCUCUGUAUGAGGCCAUGUUCACACAGUACAGCAUCUGUGCAGCGCAGAUUUUAGUCACGAACUUGGAUUUCCACGAUGAGCAGAAGCGUAGAAAUUUAAAUGGGACAUUGCAUGAGCUACUGCGGAUGAACAUUGUCCCUAUCAUCAACACGAAUGAUGCCGUGGUUCCUCCCCCAGAGCCAAACAGUGACCUACAGGGGGUAAAUGUGAUUAGUGUGAAGGACAACGACAGUUUAGCAGCGCGGCUGGCUGUGGAAAUGAAAACUGAUCUACUCAUAGUUCUUUCAGAUGUUGAAGGUCUCUUUGAUAGCCCCCCAGGAUCAGAUGAUGCAAAACUGAUUGACAUAUUUUAUCCUGGAGAUCAGCAGUCCGUGACAUUUGGAACCAAAUCACGGGUUGGGAUGGGAGGCAUGGAGGCCAAGGUGAAAGCUGCCCUGUGGGCUCUCCAGGGAGGCACCUCAGUAGUGAUUGCCAACGGAACCCACCCCAAGAUCUCUGGCCAUGUCAUCACAGACAUUGUAGAAGGGAAGAAAGUUGGCACUUUUUUUUCAGAGGUGAAGCCUGCAGGCCCAACAGUGGAACAGCAGGCUGAAAUGGCUCGAACAGGAGGCAGGAGUCUAGCAGCACUGCUGCCCGAACAGAGAGCAGAAAUUAUCUAUCAUCUUGCUGACCUUCUGACUGACCAGCGAGAUGAGAUUCUUCAGGCAAACAAAAAGGAUUUGGAGGAAGCAGAGAAUAAAGGGAGACUGGCUCUGCCUUUGUUGAAGAGACUCGCUCUGUCCACCUCCAAACUGAAUAGUUUGGCCAUUGGGCUGCGUCAGAUUGCAGCAUCUUCACAAGAUAGCGUUGGCCGUGUUCUCAGAAGAACGCGAAUAGCAAAGGAUUUGGAACUGGAACAAGUGACGGUGCCUAUUGGGGUCUUAUUAGUGAUCUUUGAGUCCCGGCCUGACUGUCUUCCACAGGUAUCUGCUUUGGCUAUUUCCAGUGGAAAUGGCUUAUUGCUUAAAGGAGGAAAAGAAGCGUCGCACAGCAACCAGAUUCUUCAUCAGCUUACUCAGGAAGCCCUUGCCAUCCAUGGUGUUAAGGAUGCAGUGCAGCUGGUCAAUACCAGAGAGGAGGUAGAAGACCUGUGCCGUUUGGACAAGCUGAUAGACUUGAUCAUCCCGCGUGGCUCAUCUCAGUUGGUUCGGGAUAUCCAGAAAGCUGCCAAAGGGAUCCCAGUAAUGGGUCACAGUGAAGGGAUUUGUCAUGUGUACGUGGACUUGGAGGCCAGUGUUGAGAAGGUCACUAGAAUAGUGAGAGACUCAAAAUGUGAAUAUCCUGCCGCUUGUAAUGCACUGGAGACACUCCUCAUUCAUCGGGACUUGCUGAGAACCCCUGUAUUUGACCAGAUCAUUGACAUGCUGCGAGUGGAGCAGGUAAAGAUUCACGCUGGUCCCAAAUUUGCCUCCUACCUGACAUUCAGCCCAUCAGAGGUGAAAUCCCUCCGCACAGAAUAUGGAGACCUGGAGUGUUGCAUUGAAGUGGUGGACAGCGUUCAGGAUGCUAUCGAACACAUCCACAAAUAUGGGAGUUCCCACACAGAUGUCAUCAUCACAGAGAACGAGAAAACCGCAGAAAUGUUCCUACAUCACCUGGACAGCGCUUGUGUGUUCUGGAACGCCAGCACUCGCUUCUCGGAUGGCUACCGCUUUGGGCUAGGUGCUGAGGUUGGCAUCAGUACGUCGCGGAUCCAUGCCCGUGGGCCAGUGGGCAUUGAGGGGCUGUUGACGACAAAGUGGCUCCUGAGAGGAGCUAACCACAUUGUUUCUGACUUCUCGGAGCAAGGAAGUAUGAAGUUCCUUCAUGAAAAUCUCCCUCUCCCUCAGAGGAACACCAACUGAGCACCCAGGAAGAGAGUGUGAUGGUUAUGGAGGCUGUUACGGUUUUAGGACUGGUCUGAGAAAGGAGACGGA